CUAAUUUUUCUCACCGCAUUUUCAGUCACCCUUGCUUUGAGUACGGUACUGUAAAAUCUCUCCCCCUCAUUUCUCUGUGCCUUCUAGGGUUCCACUAACGAAAACAAGCAGAUGGGAUAUGGUGCUACUGCUGCUGCAUAUUUCGGUCGUUUGUUAUUGGGGUUGAAGUUGCAGAGGGAGCAGUCUCUGUCUUCCCUUGCGUCUUUGGUACGGGACCGGUUGGGCAACACGAAAUUGCAGAAGAUGAAAGUGGAGAUAGUUGAAGGUAAAGAAGUGUUGCCAGGAAAAGCAAAAGUGUUCUGCAAUCCGAAGGAUUUCGACAAGAUGAAGAAGAAGUUAGAGGAACAACUCGGUGUCAAGUUGUCCGAUGAGGCUUUUGUCAAGGAGAUUUGUGGGGACGACAAAAGAGAUGGUAAGAGCACCCGAGAGUCUGUCGAUGAUGUGGCGGAGAAAUAUGUCAAAAUGGUGAAGAAAAUGGAUGCUUUAAUGUCAGACGAUGGUGAAAAAGGCAGUUCUGGAAGAGGUGGAGAACACUAAUGAAGCUGUUAAUAGAGUGGAUGUUCUAAUCUAAUGUCUAACAAUGGUAGAGACAGUAGUUAAAGGGUACUUUAGUAACUGUCAGACCUAUGAAACUGUUAGUAGUGGAUGUUCUAAUCUAAUCUAAAUGUCAAACAAUUGUAGAUAUUAGAUGGUGUUUGGAGGAAUUUCAGUUCCAGAAAAUGCUAAAUUCUGUGAAUGGGAAGUAACUUGCUAUA